AGCUACACAUUGUAUCACCGGACAGUAUCAUGAUUCCGGACGCGCAUAUUAUCGCGUACUACAGUAAUUUUGUACGCGUUGGACUACCCAGCUGAAUUCCACAGAUCGAUACAUGGAACAAGACAGCAGAAAUGAGGCGAAAAAAUGUAAGUUUCACCUUAUUUAUCGAUAAAAUGACAGAAAAUGCUAAAAAUUUCAUACUGCAUACCGUUUUCAUUCACAAUUGAUAUAUUUUCUGACGAAAAACGAGCCUGGUUUUGCCGUAUUCGAUCUUUCGUCUGCUCCGAAUGUUGACGUGCGGUGUAUUGUGGGUAUGUGUGGUGAUUCUAGUGCACUUACGUAUGAUUGUGCGACAUUCGUCGAUUUUCCAACAGACGGCGAAAGAGAAUACGAACGACACGUGUGAUAACAAACAAAGAGCACAAUAAUGAAUGACGAGAAUAUUAAUCUAUAGAGUGUCUAUGAUUAUCAAAAAGUGUUAAGUUGAAGCAAUUAUCUUUCAAAAGAUUUAAAUCACACAAAUAAAGGUUGACAAUGAGAAAGAAGGAUGUGUUUUUUUUUAACAAGACACUAAUGAAUCCUAGAAAUUAUAACAAAAAAAAACACGACACACUGAUGAGAAUUGGAACAAGUCAUCCGUUUAUCCAUAAUCCUUAUCUAUUGAUCUUUUGAUUAAAUAUGUCAAGUUAAUUAAUCACUACGUCAUGACUAAUAAAAGACAUGAGAGAAAUGACUAAUAGCAUGCUAUUCAUCUUUCUAAUUAUAGCCGGUUCCUAAGAAAACGUUUCGGCAGUCUCGUCCUAGUCGAGGUCGACAUCAUGACUACUCUGCAGUCAACUUUGAAACUGCUCUUCACCUCGUGAACGAAGGCUCAUCAAUAAGAUCUGCAGCUUUUCAGUGUGGAAUUCCUAGGUCAACACUCCAUGAUCGAGUCAGAGAGAAAUAUGGUGUCAACCCCACGAAUACAGGACCGGCGCCGAUCCUCAGCCAUGAUGAAGAGCAGGAGCUCGUCGAUCACAUCAAUUAUUUGGCAGACCAUGGCUAUGGUCUCUCGAGAAGAGAUGUUAUUCGCCUAGGAAGUGACCUUGCCAAUCACCUUGGCCGUCUUCUCCAUCGAUCCCCAGACAAGCGACUGCUCACAUUCAACUGGCUUCUGUCAUUUAUGAAGCGAUGGCCCUCCCUUCGAUUGGUGAAGCCGCAGUCACUUAGCAUGGCACGUGCCAAAGCUUCAAAGCCCCAUUUGGUUACAAGUUACUUUAAUGAACUCAGCGUCAUUCUAAAGAAAUACGACUUGGAGGGCAAAGGAGAGAGAAUUUACAACGUCGACGAAGUCGGGUUUAAUUGUGAACACAAGCCCGUCAAGAUUGUGGCAAGGAAGACACUAACUAGGCCGCAAUUCAUAGUCACUCCACGUUCUUCCUUGACAACUUUGAUAGCUUGCGGCAAUGCAGCUGGGGAAUGCAUCCCACCUUUCCUUGUUUUCAAAGGGAAGAAAAACCUGGACAAGUUCAAAGACGGUGCAAUUCCAGGAACAAGAGUGCAAAUGAGCGACAGUGGGUGGAGUAACUCAACCAUCUUUGAGGACUUCUUCAAGAGUCAUUUCACGCCCUUUGUUGAUGCCAGAAGAGAGAAGGGAGAAAAGGUCAUCUUGAUUUAUGACGGACAUACAUCACAUGUGCCCAUCAACGUGAUCAAACAUGCACGAGAACACAACAUCGUCUUGUUUCUUCUCCCGGCACACACCAGCCACUUUCUCCAGCCCUUGGAUGUAGGUGUAUUUAGCCCGCUCAAGUCUUACUACAAUGUCACCUGUAGUAGGUAUCUCCGUGAACAUCCUGGCAAGGUGAUAACGAGGGACCUCCUCACCAAGUUGAUUGGAGAAUCCUAUCUACGAACCGUGAACAAGUCUAACUUGCAAGCUGGAUUCCGGGCAACAGGAAUUCACCCAUUCCAUCCUGACAAGAUUAAUGCAGAGGAAAUGUGUUGUCCAGCCAGCCUUGUCAAUCCAUCAAGUAAACCUGAGGUAGGCCUAACUAGGGACACUACAUCCGAUUCAGAGGCAGCUGCAUUCCUGAUCGAUCGACGACCAACUCCCCCAAGCGAGGAUUCUGCCAUCACAAGGAAGCGGAAGUUUCAGCCUGCCGGUGUAGCUAUCACAGAAACAGAUGUCUACCACAAAAUACUUGAGGCAAAUGGUGUUGAUCCUGAUGAUGAUGAUACUUUCCAAGCUCCGGAAGAGAUUCAACCUCCAAAGAAAGGGAAAUGCAAGAAGAAGGACAAAAACCUUAUGCCAGAGAGUCCAAAUGACUUUGCUACACCCACUGCCGCCCCUCCCCAGUCAGAAAUCCCAGGCACAUCUGGUAUGAAUGAUUCGUCACAAACGCGACGGAAGCUCGUCUUCCGCGAAGACGCACAGAGUGAGGAUGAACUCGAGGAGGAUGAUGAAUCUUCAAACUGCUGUGUUUGUCAAGCAAGUGUACCCAAACAAGUGGACAGAACCCACGUCUUCAUCCUUGAUUGGGUAAAGUGUGACCACUGCAAUCACUGGGUCCAUCUGCGGUACUGCUGUCGCUGGUUCAGAGCACCCAAGUCCUUUGACUGCCCAUGCUGCGAUGAGAGUUAAAGUUUUUCAAAUGUCUCCGUUCCACAUUUCACUAUAUUUUGCUGUAUUCUCUUUCUUGAAACAUAUUUGUUUGAUGUCAAUAUUUGUGACUAUUUAAAGUUUAUUCUCUUCAACAAAAUGCAACCGUCUUAUCCUCAAUUAUUAUUUAUUGUUAGGUUCUAGAUAUAUCAAUAAAUACCGAUUGUACUCGUAUUAUGAUUUGUAUUGUUAUGAAUAAUUACUUUAAAUAUUGCUCAUCCUCAUUGUCAUAAUUGUUAUCAUUAUUGAUAUUGUUAUUGUUAUCUUCCUAUCAUUUUUGUAAUUAUUGAAUAUCUUUGUUACCCUCAGUAUUCUAUUUGCCAGAACAUUCCAGUCAUCUCAUUUAUGUUGUUAAUUGAAAGAUAUACGAGCUGUAAUUAUUUCAUGUUUAUGUCUUAUGUGCAUUUAUAAUAUUAUUUCAUUUAAGUUUUAUUCAUGUGCAAACGAAAAAAUGGAAAAAGAAAAGGAAAAAGAAAAAGAAAAAACGUGAAUAUAAAAUGCUUCUUAUAGAAGCCUUCAGUAAAACUGAACAUUUUGUCUCUAUUGCAUGUUUCUCUACCGUCAAAACUAGUGUUGAGAUGGAGUUUGUGAUUGAUUUAUUGGCUGUUUGAUUGAUUGAAUCAUUAAUUAAUUGAAAGGAUAUUUGA